UGUCAAAAUUCAAACGUCAACUUUGUUGUUUGAGUCAUUUUCCGCAGGUUCUAAUCGGUCGGCGCAGGUGCAAAUUUUGCAAAAUCGACGCGAAACUUGAUUUUCUUUUCGUGAUUUUCGCGGUUUUUUAGUGUCUUUGAAACGAGAAUACUCAGAAUACGAUUUCGCUUCUCUCAAAUGCGAUAUUGGAUGAUAAACGUCGCGAAUCUUGUUAUUUUCUGCUCCAGCUCUUUCCGCUGACGUUCUUGUUCUGCAAUGUUUUUGUGUUGAAAGACCUCCGGUAACCGUAAAUAUUUAAGUUUUUUCGUGAAAUAGCGGUUCGCGCUCGGAACCAGCCACAACUUGUUGCUCCAAAGUGCGGAUUAUUGAUUUCCUGGGCAGACGAAGAGGGAGUUGUUGACUUUGCUGUUUUGACUUCGCUGCAGCUGCCAGUUUGCGAUGAUUAAUGAGUUUUAAAGGAAGAAAUUCUUAUCAGCUGGAAACUUGAAGCAUGGAGCCCGGCUCCAGCGGUCAGGGUGUGGCCGAAGCUGCUGAACACUCGUACCAGAUUCACAACCUGGAGACUGUCACCGAGGAGGAAGAUACCUUCAAAGAGUGGCCCCUGCUCGUGGAAGAUAGCACCAAAUCACAGCUGAGUUGGCCACUAACACGGUUGCUUCAACAGCUGGACCGCCAGGUUCAACCGCAACGAGAGCUAACCACAUUCGAUGUACUCUUCACAAUCGCGUAUUGCGUCGGCCUUGAAGCUGGCUACGUCCCCGUCGGCCACAAACUGACCUCGAACCAGCCCCUCUCCCGAUACGCGUCCUUUGACCGCAGAAUCCUCACAAUCUUUUCGAAAAUCAUCCCCUCAAACUUCUACAACCGCGAAAGCCGAAGCUACCGGCUAGAUAUUACCCUAAACUCCGACGACCAGCAGCGCUGCUCCCUGGUCGGCAUAAAAAGUGGAGACUUCCUCUGCGUAACCUUUACAAUCCUCAACCGAACGGACCUCCCCGGACGGAGUCUGUUUCUCCCGGUUUCUCGCUUCGUUCCUCUGCUAAACUUCCAAAAACUCCCGCUUUUCUGUCAGAAUCUCCUAGAGUUGUCCCAUAAAUUGAAAAACGGACUCUUUACGCCGGUUCGUGACGAUCUGUGUCAGGACGCGGAUGCCGCGCUGUAUCCGUCGCUGUACGGACUGCCGGAUGAGGUUUUGGCGCUGCUGGUGCGGCGGUAUCUCGGCAGGAAGGAUCGGGCUCGGUUGGGGGCCACUUGUGGCCGGUUGAGGGAGCUGGUGAAGAUGUAUCGGCCGGAGGAAAGGUAGAAGCUUGGGAGGUUGCGUAGACUAGUGGUGGUAAUAUUGAAAUAAAAGGUAUUUGAACCGUA